GUCAUUUCUCGUCUGCAGUGUGCCUGACGACAUUAAAACGCGACGGUGUUGAAACAGGAGACGUAUUUGAGAUGGAGAUUUUCGUCGUUUCUCCGUUUUUAAGAUUUAUUAACGUUGCCGUUCCACACGAGUCGACUGUUAGUGACUUGAUAGGUCUGCUCAACCCCGGAGAGGGCAUCUCGUGUGUGGAUUUCUACGUGAAGAAGAAUGGCCGAAUAUCAGGCGGUGACGAGAGACUGCAAGCUGGAGCGGUUUAUCGCCUCGAGCCUCGCUUAUGUGGUGGCAAAGGAGGUUUUGGUUCCAUGCUGCGAGCUCUUGGUGCACAGAUUGAGAAAACCACCAAUCGAGAAGCCUGCAGAGAUCUGAGUGGGCGGAGACUCCGAGAUGUCAAUCAUGAAAAAGAAAUGGCGGAGUGGCUGAAGAAGCAGGCCGACCGUGAUGCGGACAAGGAGCAGCGACGCUUAGAGCGGAUUCGGAGGAAACUGGCCGAGCCCAAACACGAGUUAAAUUUCGCUGAAUAUGAGCAGGAGUGUGAGGAGAGGUCCAAGAUGAUGGAGGCGGCUGUGCGUCAAGGCCUCCAGGCCAGCAAGGUUCAGGCAGAUGAAAAGCCGCACCGUAAACGUCCAGCUACGGAAUAUGGAAACGCCCCUUCAAAAAAGAAACACUUAUGGCUCGGCAUCGAGAAAUUAAGAGAGCAGCUUGGUUCGGAUGAAGAUAGUGAUGAGAGCGAAGCUGAAGCUUCCUCCUCCUCCUCCUCCUCUUCAGGCGCUGGUCCUUCAUGCAGCUCUCAGUCAACCACAGUACCAACGACAGCAACUAGAGAGCAGGAGAAAGCGGAGUCUCGGGACCAAAGCAGCAGUUUCAGUGCCGGGUCAGUGCCCUGCUCCCCGUCUCCCAGCCAGGAGGAAGUAGAAGAGACAGAGGAACAUGGACGCUUGGAGCCCAAUGAAAAGGAAGAGAACAAGCAAAAUGUCAGCGAUCAACAGGAAACUGAGAAGGAAGGAACUGUCGAGGUGAAAGAUUGCACAGAGACACAGCCAGAGGAAGCGGACACUGCAUUCGACCUGCUGUCUGUGAGCAGUGUGGAGGAGCUGGAGGCUCUGGGUCUGGAGCGGCUGAAGGCUGAGCUGACGAAGCGAGGGUUGAAGUGUGGAGGGACACUGCAAGAGCGAGCUGCUCGCCUCUACUCCGUCAGAGGACUGAGUGUUGAUCAGAUCAACCCGGCACUCUUCCCUAAACCCAGCAAAUGCAAGAAGAAAAAAUAAUCAGGAUUUUUUUUUUUUUAAAUCUAUUCCCUUUAUGGGGUAAAAUCACUGCCAUCUUGUUCACAUUAUGAAUGGAAAGGAUGCUUUGCAAAAGCAAUUGGGUGCCUUUAUCUUGAUACAGCAUUGCCAGAAUUCACUUUAUAAUUUCAGCCAAGAGUCAUUUGAAUGUUUUAAGGGAAAUAACUUCAAAAUGGAAUGGUUCCUAUAGAUUUUGUGAUGUGUGUGUGUGUGUGUGUGUGUGUGGUUUUUUUUUUAUUUAAAAUCUGUUUGAUUUGGCUGUUAAACUACACCUGUAUGUAUUUUGUCUGUUAUUUGUAAUACUGUGAAGUUUUACAGUAAAAAUGACAAGAUUUUGCUCAA